CCUUGAAUCUAUCACAUGUUGCACGAGAUAGUGUGUAAAGUCUUUAUCUCCCACCGCUAUUAUCUAAUUCUCCACCCUGAGAGGUGUCCUGUAUAAAAUUUGUUCAGAUAUUUAAUCCUGGACUAACGAUGGCUAAAAUCUAUCGAAGUUACUCAGUCAUGACUAUUUAUAGCUUGUUAUGAAUUCGUUUGGUUUAUUUUUCGUUAAUUUCAUCUGAUGCUGGCAAAGAUAUUUACCAGUUGUUAUGUUGCAUACACAUUAACUUAACACAUCUAUACAUGGUUUAGUUAAGCAGAAAAAGCAACCAGAGGAAGCCAGUACCACUGUUUAUGCUAGAGCCAUAUCAGAACAUUCUGCAACAAGGGAUACAAUCUGCUAACCAUAUUUGAACCCAAGUGUAGGGUACUUGAAAUCAAGUAAUCAACCUCUUUCAUCACACUCAACAGAAUAGAUGUUGUUAUCAACAACUGAAUCGAUGCUAUAAUGAAGAACAUUGUAAAUAAACAUAUGUCUAAUUUUGCAACUACCAGUGUCGAAGCUGAAGUCGGGGCUGAGGGACCUGAUGGCAAAAUGUCUCCCGUCAGACGUACCUUCUGUUUGAUUGCAACAUUUGACAUCAUAUUUACAGUUGUCAUUUGGAUAAUAUACACUCAGAUAUUAAGUGCAAAUAACACUCAUGACUCAUAUAAUAAAGAAGUCUUAUACUAUGAUAUUCAUUAUUCUAUGUUUGAUAUAGUAAUGUCUGCUGCUGUACGCUUUGUGCUGCUGAUUUUAGCAUAUGCAUUAUUCCGCAUCCGACACUGGUGGAUGGUUGCUAUUGCAACUUUUCUGACGUGUGCAUUUCUUAUUGCAAAAUGUCUGGUGUUUGAUUUUAAUUAUGCCUCAAACUCCCUGACGUAUGCCUUACUUCUGGUUUCCUUUGUUAUCUGUUGGAUUGAAACAUGGUUCUUAGAUUUCAAAGUUCUGCCACAAGAGAAAAGAUAUUUACUUAGAACUCUUAUUCCCGCUAUAUCUGAACGAACUCCUUUACUACGAGGUAAUAAUCCCGAGAAUCCUGAUGCUAUUUCUACAACUGAUGAAUUUCAUUCUCCUAUAGACAGCCCUGCAAGUUCAGAUGAGGAGCCAAUGGAAGGAACCAAUCAAUAUAACGAAACAGUGCACAGACAAACUUUAAAUAACAAAACUCUAAUGGAUUUGUCAUACUUAAAAUUGGGGAAAGACUCUUGGGAACAAGUUUAUUCUUUAUACAAAUCAGAAAGUAACUGGGUUUUUCAGUGUGGAAAAGAUGCUACAGAAGGCUGUGUAUUAAGUAAAAAAUCCAAUGUGGGGAAUAAGAUAUUUUUCCUGCAGGCCGUAUUAAACAUAAGUGCAAAAGAAUUAUGGGAAGAUCUGGUUUUUAGAACUGAAGAUUUACCAACAUGGAAUCCAACAAUAGCAGAUAGUAAGUUAAUCAAGCCCCUAAGUGAGAACUGUGAUAUAUCCUACUAUGUUGCUGCUCCUGGUGCCAAGGGUUUGGUGAAAAGUCGAGAUUUUGUGGUAGUACGCAAAUGGGGAAAACGAAAGGGGUUAUAUUUUUCAACUGGAAUGAGUGUGAAAUUUCCCAGUAUACCUCCAGUUGAUAAAUGUGUCAGAGGUGAAAAUGGUGCUGGUGGUUACUUAGUUGAACCACUCUCUACAGAACCUAAUAAAUGUAAAUUUUACUGGUUUUGUAAUACAAAUUUAAAGGGUAUGCUACCCCAGAAAUUAGUUGAUUCAGCACUGGGUGGCAUGCAGCUAGAUUAUUUAAAACAUCUACGACAUCAUGUUGAGCAGCUCUGACAAUAUAAGGUGUGAAACUGCUUGUAAUAUACCCAAGAAAGUGACUGUAAUUUAUCUGGAAAUAUACCAUCAUUGAACUCCUCUUUAGUUCUCAAGCACUGGAUCACAAGAUCAUAAUGUCUAAAAGAUCAUAUUCUUUUUUAAUUUGUAUUUUUUACAGCUCAUAUAUAUAUAUAUAAUGAUAAUAAUAAUUUUACCAAUACUGUUACAAAAUUGGAGAGACAAAGUUUAUGAUAUAAAACUUUAAUAUAUUUCAUGUUUCUCACAAAAUGGAUCAAUGUCAUUACUUCACUCCACCUCAUGCUUUAAAUUUUUCUUUCCAAAAAAAAAAAAAAAGAUAAGAAAGGAAAUUGUGUUAUUUUUCUUCUCCUUCCUGCCAAGAUGUAAAAAAUAUCAUCACUUCUGGAUUAUAGAGAAAGUUAAAUAAUUCAUUUUGACUAUCUGUGAGAUAAAACCAGCAGACUUUCGCUUACAUGAUGUCCCCUUAUGAAGGGAAUUAACUCUACAACUCUACCCAAGUGAUAAACUGAAUUCUUCUUAUGCCUGUUCUCCCCAGUCCCUGCUUCCAAUCUCCCUCUCAUUCACAAACAUACAUUAAAAAAUUUUUUUAACAUUAAAAUUGAAACUAAACAAUUAUCAAUGAAUAAAUAAUUAAAUAUUCUUGAAAUUAA